GUGUGGGACAUGAAUAAAAAUUAAAGCAAAUUACAUAAUUCACCACAACGGAGGAGAGACGAGGAGCCUUUAUUGAUCUCCUCUCUCGGCCGUUCCGCCGCCAUGGAUUUCAACGUCCGCCGUGGUUCUCCUUCCUCCUCCGCUUCCUCCUCUGACCACCACCACCACCCUAACUCUUCCACCCCGCACCACCAAAAUGGCCAUCCCUUCUCCUCCCCUUCUCCCACCUCCGACCCCAUGCACUCCUGGUGGGAAUCAAUUUCGAAAGCCCGUACUCGCAUCCACAUCCUAUCCUCUCUCCUGCCCGUUGAUGAGGAGUCUUCUCUCUCCCUCUCAUCUCUCGCCGACACCGAUCGACCUGCCCGCUCCCUUCUCCUCUCCUCUGCAGCUUACUUCUUAUUUUCCUCUGCCCUUUCCUCCCCCUCAUCCGGCUCCGGCGAUGACCCACUCUGCCAGUGGCUUUAUGAAACUUUUCUCUCUUCCGAUCCGGACCUCCGUCUUGUCGUUUUAUCCUUUCUCCCCCUUCUUACUUCCCUCUAUCUUCACCGCAUCCACCACGCCUCUUCUUCGGCCUCCGUCUCUCUGGCCGGUUUUGAAGCAGUGCUUUUGGCCCUCUAUUCCUCUGAAACUAAAGCCCGCAAUGGCAAACCCAUAACCAUUUCUAUCCCGGAUCUGUCUCAGCCUUCACUCUAUCACUCCCCUCGGAAUCCCAUUAAAUCAAACCCUAAUUCUGCCGGUUCUCAAGUUAAUAAGCCUUUGGUUGGGGUUUUAUCGCCUCCUUUAGAACCACAAAUUGCGGUUAAAUCAACUAAGCGCGCCUGCAUUGUUGGGGUUGCUCUGGAUUGUUAUUAUAAGCAGAUCUCGCAGAUGCCCAGUUGGUCUAAGCUUGAUUUCUGUAAAUUCACGGCUGUCUGGGCCGGUCAGGAUUGCCCUUGUACGUCAGAUUUUGACAAAAAACCUGAAAUUUUUGUGGAAAAUAAUCAUGGGUUCAAGAAUGAGGAUGGAUUUGAGGAAGAUCAGAGGGUCAAGUUCAGUGAGAUUGAAAACGUGACUGGAAGAGUCAAGAAUUUGGAUAUUGAGAAUGAUAAUUCCAAGGAUGCAAGUCUGGAUGCUAGAAUUCCGCUGCCAUGGGAGUUGCUGCAGCCAAUUUUAAGAAUUUUGGGCCACUGUUUAUUGGGGCCUCUGAAUGUAGAGGAAGUGAAAGAUGCAGCUUCUGUGGCACUGCGGCGUCUGUAUGCUAGAGCUUCACAUGAUUUGGUUCAGCAGGCAAUUUUGGCGACUAGGAGUCUAAUUCAGCUUGACAAUAGGGAGCGCGAGGCGGUGAAGGCUGCAGCAGCAACAACAGCCAGUGCCCCUGGGUCCAAUGCAAAUACGCCAAGUAAGGCUAAGAAGCCCGAGAUCCUUUUGGUUUCCAAGUAAUUAUAACAGUAGGUGUAUGGCUUCUAAACCUGUCAUCGGCUUGGAUUUUUGUGAAAAUGAUUGUCUUUUUCAUUUAUCUUAGUUUUUAACUGCUCAUAUGAAUGUAUCAUAUGUAUCUAUUACCUUGAGUAUUUUAGAUGGAAUUGGUUGAUGUCACAUGGUUAAAUACCUGUGUAAGAUUAUAAUUUUUUUUCUCUUUUAAAUUUCGAAUUUCCUUGUCUUGUCAA